AUGAUUGCCGUACUGUUCAGAUUGGUAGGAACGAAACUCUGAUCCUCGUUUUACCCGGCGGUUUAUUUUAAAGGUACCAUCAACGGCAGUGGGGCUAGCUAGCGCUACUUUCAGCUCCUAAAUUUGUCAUUUUAAAGCGUUAAUUCGACUUUGAAGCACUUUUAAAGUAUAUUUCGCAGGGUUGGAUUCAGGAGAGGCGGGUUCUGGGUGAUAAGGGCCGCGGAAAGGUGGCCAGUAUGGCUCGACAGGCGGGCGAGCUGCGGUAGAAGGUAGCGGGUGAGCGUGCUAAGCUAACGUGCUAACGGGGUCGUUAGUCAGCCGUGAACGUGAACUUCACGGACUCCGUGGCUCGGUCGCGUCUGUCUCGCCCCUCCGCCGUGACACGUGUGCCGGGAGGCUGCUGGAAUGUGCCGGUCACGCUGCCGGUCAGCGCCCGGGGCUGGUGUUAGCCGUGUUUGUGUGCGGAGAUGAGCGAGUGUCAGUUGUGCCCGGGGCUCGUUUCUAUGGAAACAGCUGAAGGAGUCGAUCAGUGAAGGACAUUGAGAGGGCGGCAGCAGCAGCUGGGCUGGUUUUCCUCUAGUUCUGAGUUCUGGCUGGACAUUGUCAUUUUUCCUCCGUGGGACGUGUUGAAGGACCAGCCAUGGUGCUUAAAAUCUUCUUCCCCAAGUGUUGCAACACUGCCGACAGCGGCCUGCUGGUGGGUCGCUGGAUUCCGGGCCAAGACUCAGCUGUGGUUCUCGCCGUCAUCCACUACCCUUUCAUACCAGGCCAGGUGAAAAAGUAUCUGAGCCAAAUUCGGAACCAGACCCAGGUGGACCUGACCGUUCUGGGCUCGUGGAGUAAGCCCAAAGACGGCCAGGAGGGAAUGGACAGCUUCUUGAAAGACCUUAGCACCAUUUUCCCUCACUCACGUUGGCUUCAGCUGAGUCGCGAGAGCGGCAAGAGAGCCUUCACGUGCCGGGUGGUGCAGAACAACGGGACGCCUCCGGCUGACCAGGAGGAUGAUGAAGAAGUCAUCUUCAUUCAUUACGACCAGAGGAAGGUCAUGCUCUCCCAGCUCCACCCGAUACAGGAGAAAAGCUCUGAGAAAGACUCUUCAGAGCUGCGCGUGGUUUUUCAGACGGUCGCUCAGAGCCAGCCCCUGUUCUUUCUCGACAGGUACGACGAGGGGCCUCUGAAGCUCACGCACUGGCAGUCCGAAGGCAGGGAGGCGAGCAUCAUCGUCGAGCUGCUCAAGCAAGCGUCCGUCCCGCUUUGCGUAGUUCUCACCUGGCUGGUGUCUGUGUGGCAGUGGCUGUGUAGCUUCAGGUUGCUGCAUACGUGGCCAGUGCAGUUCAUCUCAAGCAAGCUGUCUACCUGUGUUCAGUCGGGAUACAGGACGGAUCACUUUCAAACUGUUUUCUCCACCAAGAAAGCCACAACGCACGUAGAAUUCAUGAGGAAGGCAAACAUUUUUGUGUCCUUCCUUUUGGACAUUGCUCUUGGAUUGGUGCUGAUCUCCUGGCUCUACAGAGAGAAUCGUAUCAGCCAGCUCGCCAAUACUUUAGUGCCAGUUGCUGACCAUGUGGCUAAGGAGCUGCAGGAGCUGCUGGAGUGGCUCAUGGGCGCCCCUGCUGGCCUGAAGAUGAACCGUGCCCUGGACCAGGUGCUGGGGAGAUUCUUCCUUUACCACAUCCAUCUGUGGAUCAGCUACAUCCGUCUGAUGUCUCCCUUUAUCGAGAUGAUCCUGUGGUAUGUCGGACUCUCCGCUUGCCUGGGUUUGACCUUUGCCCUUUCGGUGCUCUCAGACAUAGUGGCACUUCUGACCUUCCACAUCUACUGCUUUUAUGUGUACGGAGCAAGGCUUUACUGUCUGAAAAUCUACGGCCUGUCCUCCCUCUGGCGUCUUUUCCGGGGUAAGAAGUGGAACGUGCUGAGGCAGCGUGUGGACUCCUGCUCCUACGACCUGGACCAGCUCUUUAUUGGCACUUUGCUCUUCACAGUCCUGCUGUUUUUGCUGCCCACCACUGCUCUGUAUUACCUGGUCUUUACGCUGCUGCGCCUGGUGGUGGUGAUGUUCCAGGGGCUGAUUCACCUCAGUGUGGACUUCAUUAACUCCUUUCCCCUGUUCGCUAUGGGCCUCCGUGUGUGCAGGCCCUACAGACUGGCAGAGGGAGUUAAAUUCCGAGUACUGAGUGAAGAGCCUGGCGCUCCUCUGCACCUGAUGAUGGAGAUAAACCCUCUGAAAUUCAGCUCUGUGCUCCAGUGCUACCGGACACCCACCUACAGCUGCUACCCCAGGGACUCGUGGGCCGCCCUGUGCAAAAAGCUUUUCGUAGGCGAGCUCAUUUACCCCUGGAGGCAAAAGAGCACCAAGACAGACUGAAGCAGCAAAAGGCACAGCUGAAACCCCCACUUGGGCAGACAGCAUGGCCAGAAAGCCACCCACAGCCACUCAGAGAUACUGGGGUGCUUUCAUUCAUUGCCUGGUGGUGUAGUGGCAGAGGAUUGAAGGGAAAUCCCACUUAUUUUUCAGAAGGUCUGCAUAAUUCAGUGGUCAGAUUCAUUCAGAGUGGUUUGGUGUGAAAUGGUUCAGAUGUCUUUACAGUGGUGGUGAUAGGAACCAGAGGUCGC